CCUUGCCGCCAAGGUCUCGUAUGUGAAGGCGGUGGACAUCUACCUGUGGACCAGCUUCCUGUUUGUCUUCCUGUCUGUGAUCGAAUACGCAGCGGUGAACUACUGCACCACUCUGGAGGAGAUGAGGAAGAUGAAGAGGGGGAAGAUCCCAUCCACCUCUAACGCCAGCCAGGCGAUGGCGUUCGACGGCUGUUUCCACGACAAUGACAUGGAGCUGACUCCGUUCUCCCGCAUGGCGCCCGCCCUGACCUCUGACCCCCUCACCACGCCAACCCUGACCCCAGACCUCCGGCCCACGGAGGGGACUCGCCUCCGCCGGCAGCGGUCGGUGCGUGAGAACGUGGACCUGUUUGUCAGCAACAGCUACAUGAUCGACUCAUACUCACGCCUGGCUUUCCCCCUGUCCUACCUGCUCUUCAACAUCAUCUACUGGUGCUUGUACUCCUGAUGCAGCACUGCAAACUCUCCCUGAACUCUGCUGCACUUUGAAGGAGUGUUGAGUCAGAGAGCCUGCUGGGGGAUUCCUCCUCUCCAUGGAGCUCCACAGGCACUUCACUGAAUUAACUCUCGAUCACAGGAGCCCCUUGAGCGCCGGCUUCAUCGCUAAUGAUGGUCUGUACAAGAGAGAUAAAAGCACUCCAGUUCCUCAGAGUAGGAACUUUUAAUUGUGCGCACUUCAAACAUGACAUUUGUCUUGUGGGAGCCGGUUAAGUCUUGAUACUUGGCAAACAAUGGAAUCUCAUUUGUGUUUUUUUAAAUAAUCUGUGUGACUCUUAUCUUGUAAUACUUAAAGUUCUUAUAUCCAACGAUUAUUUUACUCCAUAGCCACAGGGAAAGUAUAAAUUAGGAGGACAGAAAAUGUUAUUUUUUGAAAAACAUCCUCACCCUUUUUUACGAGUUAUGUGUGUGGAGACAUCGGCUACUGAACAUGAAUUUAAUGUAUUUUCUCAUUAAAUUUGUAUCUUGUUCAUGAGUAUGUGAAAGUGAAUGUAUGUGUGCUGCAGGGCCGUAUUGUACUUUUAAAAUAUUAUUUUAACAACCGUAGGAAUGUUAU